GCCGGCGGCCGCAGCAGACGCCGCGCUGCCGCGAGGAUGCCGCAGCUGCCGGGGGCCGGGGGCGGCGGGGGGGACCCGGAGCUCUGCGCCACCGACGAGAUGAUCCCCUUCAAGGACGAAGGGGACCCCCAGAAGGAGAAGAUAUUCGCCGAGAUCAGCCACCCCGAGGAGGAGGGCGACCUGGCCGACAUCAAGUCCUCGCUGGUCAACGAGUCUGAGAUCGCGCCCGGCGCCGAGGUUUCCAGGCAGACUCCAGCACAGGAUUCCUAUCAUGACAAGGGCAGGGAGCACCCCGAGGAAGGAAAGCAUCCUGACGGUGGCUUGUACAGCAAGGGACCAUCGUACUCUGGUUACUCGGGGUAUAUCAUGAUGCCAAAUAUGAACAACGACCCGUACAUGCCUAACGGAUCUCUGUCGCCACCCAUCCCCAGAACAUCCAACAAGGUGCCAGUGGUACAGCCCUCUCAUGCAGUUCACCCUCUCACACCCCUUAUCACCUACAGCGAUGAGCACUUUUCCCCGGGCUCCCACCCAUCUCACAUCCCCUCCGACGUCAGCUCCAAGCAAGGCAUGUCCAGGCAUCCUCCAGCUCCUGAUAUCCCCACCUUCUAUCCCUUGUCUCCAGGGGGGGUUGGACAGAUAACACCACCUCUUGGCUGGCAAGGUCAGCCUGUAUAUCCCAUCUCGAGUGGAUUCAGGCAGCCCUACCCAUCCUCACUCUCAGUCGACCCUUCCAUGUCCAGGUUUUCACAUCACAUGAUUCCUGGUCCUCCAGGCCCUCACACAACUGGAAUCCCUCACCCAGCUAUUGUAACACCUCAAGUGAAACAAGAACAUCCGCACAACGACAGUGAGCUAAUGCAUGUGAAGCCUCAGCACGAACAGAGAAAAGAACAAGAGCCAAAAAGACCUCAUAUUAAGAAACCUCUGAAUGCUUUCAUGUUGUACAUGAAAGAAAUGAGAGCGAACGUUGUAGCAGAGUGUACUCUGAAAGAAAGCGCAGCUAUCAACCAGAUUCUUGGCAGAAGGUCUCAUCAUCCAAUUGAUGUCUGUUCCAUUCGUGUCACAUGUCAGCACCUCAGGCGAGAAAUACUCUCAUCCACACGUGGAAGGAACAUUCAGAUCACCUUCUAGGUCCUCCUUUAGGCUGGCAUCCAUCAGGAGGGGCUCAUUCAAAGAUAAGUGCUGAAUGCCAACAGAGAUAGAAGUGAAAAAUGAAUGCGGUGCAGGUCUGGCUGUAAAAGCAUGGAGACUGGGAGGGACCUGAGGAAGUCAUUCAGUCCCACACGUGCUCUACAAGCACUGGUUUCCUCAGCUUUCUCAGGGACUUCUCAGAGUCUCAGGGACUCAGAUGUUGACUGAAGUCACCAGCCGAAUACUGAUGGUCACAGCACAUGUCCCAGAGUCUCUCAGUAGCCUUGCUGAGAGCCAUUUGCUUUUGUGGCACUGUAGGCUUGUUUUCUCCUAUCCAUGCGCUGAAAAAUGAAGGCCAACCCACAAUUACAAACUUGAUGCUCAGUGUAAGUAUUGUUAAGUAUUACAUAGUGUUGAGUAUUGUUCUUCCAAAGGGAAUGCAGCAUAGAUAAUCACCCAUUUUAGCACCAAAAUUUUAAAAACCAAAAAUUUAAAAAGAGACAACAUUUGUAAUAGCAAGUAUGGAUUCUUCAAAUUGCCUUGCUCAGUGAACGCUUUUUUUUGACCACUUGUUAGGUCAGUAUCAAGAGGCUCUAAAACUCCCUGGAAGCCCUGUGCUUCCAAGUGGGAAGUCAGAACACAAUUUUAGCCCUCUGAAGAUUUUUUUCUCCCUCUCAAACAAUGCAAAAAUUUCUUGUUACUUAUCCUGGUUCCUUUGGUUCUUCUUUCUCUCUGAUGUUUUUGUUGCUUCUUCUUAAAUGACAUCUCAAUGCUUAUAUCUUCCAUUCUUGCAUGCAGCUUCCUAUGAUUGUAUUUUCAUUCUCAUUCUCUUAGUGAUUCGUCUUAGUUGCUGAGUAUGUCUUGGCCUGAAUGAUGGCAGUGGCCUAUGUGUCUCCAUUUUGCUAAUGAAUCAAACCUCACUGCUCUGCUCAAUGCUUUUUCCAUUGCUUUGACUUUUGUUUCCGUAAAAGUACUUCAGGUUCUGUGGUACAAAUGUACUUCUUAUCCCGUAUAAUUGCUUGGAGAUUAAUUAUUGUCAAACGUUUUGUUUUCAGUCAUCCUCUUCCCUGUUCUCUGUACUCUGUGCCACUUUGGAACAGGAGCCUCUGUACUCAGGAGCUGACACCUUGCGUGCUGCUGAGCCCUCUGAUGCCAUCAUUUAGUCAGAAAGUCCAACGUAGGAAAUCCUCAUCUUUAAACAAGGAGAGCUUCUUUCUCUCCUCCCACCCCUAUGCCUCUGGUUCUAGGUCUUAGCUCAGCACUUCUUCACACCCAGCAAUGGUCAAAGCAUAAAACACUCUCAGUGAAAUGGUGGCCUUACACGCCUUCCAGGUCUGCAGUAUGGAAGGAUGCCAACUUCUAAGAAAAAGCCUUCUAACCCAGAGCUUUCUCUGCAUGUUUUGGAAUCCCAGUUUUGCUCUUCACCAGCUCAGAGGGUUUUAAAUGUAGGCACUGAAGCCAAAAAGAAAUGAAAGACUAUCAGCAUUGCCAUACAAGGAGCAGUUUUGUAACUCUAAGAACAAGUGACACUAGAAAAUGGAGAAGAAUGGGCCAGGCAGCUACAGAAAAACUCCAUAUAACCUGUAAAAACUUCCAACAAUAUGCUGAGUGGAAAAUUAAGUUUCCAUUCUUAGACAUUUUACCUUUACAUUUCUGGUAAGGCAGCUGUUCUCUGUCUGUCCUCUUGGUACCAGCGAACUAUAUCUGUAGAAAAAGAGGGUGUCACCUUAUCUUAUUUUCUUGAGGUUUUUCACUUCAUUCACACUGAACCAGAAAUGUUCCACCUGUCACAGAGGCAGACUGACCCUUCUUGUCUCAUACUGAAAUUUGGCUGCCUCAGUUGCUUGUGUGGAAUUUGUUUCACAGUUGUAACUGGGCUUUUGUUGCAUUACCUGAUGUUGACUGCUUAGACACAAGUUAAAAAUGCUCAGAACCUUCCAGUUUUGGAAUGCAUGUGUGGAGUAUGAGAGCUGCAAAUAGGCUGAGCUGCUCUGCUCUCAGUAACACAUCGAACUUGCCAAGUCAAGGCAGACCAGCCCUGUAGUUCACAUCUUCUGACAUAUAACAAAACGGUAUUGAAAAUCAGAUGUGAUUGGACCUGAAAUCGUGAUUCUGUAAAUUAUUCUUGCAUGAGUGCCUCACUGAUUUCAUGUCUGUGUUUUUAGUACCUUUCUUUUUAUAAUGCAUCCUGCAUCACUAUCGCUGUCUGUCCCAGUGCACGUCGUCGAUGUCAAACAAGACACUGAAAGCUGCAGCAGUGAACCUGCUUCUAACUAAAACUCCCUUUGUCUUUUUGGCUCAAGUCUAUUAUAGAUGUUUCAACAACUACAAAAUGAUUAGGUACCAUGGUGCCUUUUCCCCUGUGCAGGGUUUCAGUUUAGUUUGUUGUUUUUUAAAUUAGGUAAAAAGAGCAGGAAAUUUAUCCCUUAUUGGCCACAGAGGUCAACUUGUCAUUUGGAAUACUACAGUUCUGUGGAGUUUGUUUCUUAGAAACUUUUUGCAGUUGCCAUUUUCUCCUGUUACAACCACAAGAAAGUGGAAGGCGGGUACCUUGGAGCACGAUGUGGAGAAGUUGAUCUUAGAACAGGAGCCUGUUGAUGCUUUGAGAGCCCUUUGUGACAAUGAAGACCUGCAUGCAGCUGCUUCAAAGCAAGACAGCAAACCCU